AAGCAAAAUCGGACCAAUGGUCAUGCACGCCUCCGGAAUUCUUCCUAUCGGUUCUCAUUGGUUACCAUCAUUUCUCGUUCUCGUUAUGACAUGAAUGUGGUAGUGAAGUUGAUUAUUGGAUUAUCGUCAAUGACCGUUUACGCAUAUCAGUGCCAGAUCAGUGCAUUGGUAGGUCUCAAAAAAUGUUUCUUGUGUGAUAUGUAAAAGAGUGUUUCCGUUUUGUUUUUGGUGUUGCACCUGACAGUGUCGUCGUGAUGUGGAAGCAUGUUGCACCGCAUUCGCUUAAUCGAGUUGAAUUUCUGUUGACACUACGAAUUUCGUUUACAAGUCAAUUCUUGCGUUCAAUAAUACUGAAAGCAAAUGAAUUCAAGCGCUCUGAAUUAUUGUAAUAGUGACCCAAAUGACGAUUUCUGAUGUUGUUUUGGCGGGAAUGACGUCAAUUACGCGUGCUACCUUACUAGUUACUACCCCUACGCGGGGAAGCUCGCUGUGAAGUAAUGAUCGAAGGUUUGUGAUUUCACGUCGUUCGUAUAGAAAUUAAAUUGUCGUUGAUUGUGCGCAAGAAUCAAACGUGCUCUAAGUUAUUGUAAAGUGUUCCUUGUUGAUUUUAGUUCCACAUUGUGAAAUAUGUGAAUUAUUUUGCGCGUAGCCCUUUGAGAAAGGAUGUAGUAAUUACUAGGUGAAGAUGAACGUGCUUUAGUCCCGACUAAGUCAUGUUUUCUGUAAGAUUAGUGAAGGCAGAUUAUUAUAUGAGCACUCCAAUACCUGGACUGGAUGCUAGAUAUUCAGAAUUUAGAGGUGUUGAAGUGAAGCAGGUGCCAGUUAUCAGAAUUUUUGGCUCCACUGGUUUAGGACAAAAAGUUUGUCUUCACCUUCAUGGAGUUUUUCCAUAUAUCUACAUACCGUAUGAUGGUUGCAUUGAGAAGGAAAAAUUUGUAUAUCAAAUUGCAUCAGCAGUUGAUAAAGCUCUCAAUGUAUCACUGGGGAACUCAAAUUCACGAACUCAACAUGUGUAUAAAGUAACUCAUGUGUCUGCAGUACCAUUUUAUGGAUACCACUCACAAAACCAUCAAUUUCUCAAAAUUUAUUUUUAUAAUCCUGUUAUGAUAAAGAAAGCUUCAGAUCUCCUUCAGAAUGGUGUGAUCCUGGGACAGGUGUUUCAGCCACAUGAAGCUCAUAUACCAUUUGUAUUACAGUUUUGCAUGGAUUACAAUUUACAUGGUCAAUUAACCAGCAAUCCUGGCCUUAAAGCCAUAUGGGAUGAAGAAAAAGAGAGACGACGGAAAGAAAAUCGUAACUCUCAGUUUACUCCGCAAAGCACUCAGAUUCGGCAAACGCCACAAACUGCAAGUGAAAAAUUCCAUCUUGGAAGAUUGAAGAAACGCCUGUCUGAAGUUGCUUUGCUGGUAUGCAAAUUUGCUUUCCGUUGGAUUGUGCUGUAA